CGCGUGGUUGUGCAAAGAGGAGGCUAUCACGGCACCCGUGGCGGGACUCUCAGUAUCCGCCGGAGAGCCGUUGAAGAGACGUGUUUCUUCUCGAUGUUAUCCGCGCGAUCAGUGUAACAUCUAAGAGAGAGAGCGAGAGAAAGAGAGACAGAAGAAGAGAAAAAGAAAGAAUAAGAACUUGUGUGAGCGAACGGGAGAAUUUUCGCCGAAUUACAUCUUCGUGCGCCGAAAGCGACAGCGAAGAACGUGCGGGACCGCGGCGUGCGCGGGAGAAGACACGCGAUUGUAACAGCGAAGACACAGCGAGUCGAAAGGGUGACAGAAAUGGUGACAGUCGGCUGGCUCAGAGGCAGCCUGGUACUGCUGUGUAUAUUAGUUAUUGUGGUGCCAGCACUACCGUCGACAGUCAGCCACUUCGAUAUUUCCGAGUACAUCUACGGGAUAGAUCAUGAUUUGCAAGCGAGAGCACGCUCGGCCAUCGAAGCGGAGAGAUUCGCCUAUCGAUCGCGGACAAACAAGAUACAAUCGGUCAACGCAACCUGCAGAAUCCGAUCAGACAGACCUUGUCCACCGAGCAAGUACAGGACGCCUUCCGGUGUUUGCAAUAAUGUGAGACACCCUGCCUGGGGUGCCAGAGGUUCCCCGUUCCUCAAAUUACUACCACCGGAGUAUUCGGAUGGCAUCUCAAGACCGCGUCAAUCGGUGGGUACUCACAGUUUGCCUGCGCCAAGCGACGUCAUCUCCUACGUUCUAGCAUCCUCCCCGAGGGUGGGAAGCCACGAAGGCUUGACCAGUCUCUCCGGGGUCUGGUCGGAGCUGGUGCUGCAGGACAUCGCUGCCACGGUGCGCUCCGCGGGUGCCGAGGAGAAAUGCUGCUCCGGUGUGCAGCAGCAUCCGGAGUGCUACGAGAUGCGCGACGAGAGAUUCGGCUGCAGAGGCUACUGGCGAUCGGUGCCGAGUUUAACGGUGCUCGGCUGUCAGUUCGAAGCGAGGGAGCAAAUGAACGGUGUCUCGGCGUACCUGGACGGUUCCGGUAUCUACGGCGCCACCGACGACAAGUUGCAUCUGCUCAGGACCUACGAGGAGGGCAAGGUCAACCUGAGCACGUGCGAGUUAUGCAACCGAACUGAUCGAGAUGCGCUCGGUCUACUGCAUCGGGUCUUGUUGCGCGAGCACAAUCGCGUGGCGGAGAGACUAGCGGAGGCGAACGUGCACUGGGACGACACGAAACUCUUCUUGGAGGCACGCCGCAUCGUCGUCGCGCAGCUCCAGCACGUCACCCUCAAUGAGUACGUGCCGGCGAUAUUGCGGGAAGCCGCACAGGUGAAUCACGAGCUCAGGCCACUCGCCAACGGCUUCUACGCUGGCUACUCUUCGUCCAAUAAAGCGGGUACAUACCACGCAGCGGCACUGGCGGCCCUCCGCGCUCUCGUUUGGACGCGUGCCGAUAAAAUUGGGGACUUGGAAAGUCACGUUAUCACUUCCGCCAAUGGCAUUGAUCUCACAUCCGCGCCAGACGCGGCCGCCUGGUCCAUGCACGUUGCACGAGAUCACGGAGUGCCCGGAUACAUCAAGUUCCUAGCCGACUGUUUGGGAGAGAACGUUAAAAUCGAGAACUUCACGGAUCUAGCGAGAGUAAUGCGACCCGAGCACGCACACCUGCUAAGUACGAUUUACGCGAACGUGGAGGACGUGGAUCUUCUUGUGGGCGGUGUCUUGGAGAUUCCGGUCACGGGCGUCGCUGUGGGCCCAACGUUCGAGUGUCUUCUGAAGAAACAGUUUGUGACGAUGAGAAAUUCCGACCGUUUCUGGUACGAGAAUGACAUUCCUCCGUCAGGACUGACGGCGACGCAGCUGGUCGAGGUCAGGAAGGUGUCUCUCGCCAGUAUUUUGUGCGCCAACACCAACAUCCGCAGGAUCCAGCCGAGAGUGUUUAUCCGGCAGGACCAAUACCUGAACAGCAGGAUCAGUUGCGAGCAGUACGAACCCCUGGACGUCGCGGAAUGGACCGAGGAUCCGCUGCCGCUUCCUGUGAUGCAGCAUAACUCGGUGAACACGAGCACGGGCGAGCCGAUACAGCUUCUGCCGGAGAUCAGUCCCGAGGUGCUUGCCGCUGCGGUGAAGAGAGCUGAGGAAGAGCUGAUCGAGCGGAAGCAGUUGGAGUACAACUCCUGGCUGGAACAGAGAAUUGCCGACCCGAGAUCAUCCGCCGGCACCGCGGCCAGCUUCUCCAAGGCCAACAAGGACGCCCUGUUGCUCGCCAACUCGUCUAUUAUGUACGAACUGGCGACAAAUGAGAUUCUAAAUGGUGUACACGGUCUUCGACGCAGGAGGCGGCAGGUCUUCGAAAACACGGAGAACGUUCUGGGCUUCCCCAACACGAACGAGUUCUCCGAUCUGCUGCAGAACGUCGAUAUCUCCGGUUUCCUGAAUCACCAUCACAAGCCGACGAAUCACGAGGAGGUUCAGUGUCCCGUGGACGAUUCCCGAUGCGAUCCGACCACGCCGUACCGAACCCUGUCGGGCCAUUGCAACAAUCUGCGCAAUCCCAGCCUCGGCAAGUCCCUGACGACCUUCGCCCGCCUGUUACCGCCCGCUUACGAGGAUGGCGUUUCCAAACCGAGAAGCACUUCCGUUAACGGCGCGUCGCUGCCGAACCCCCGAGUGGUCUCCACUGUGAUCCACCCCGACAUAUCGAAUCUGCAUAAUCGCUACACGCUAAUGGUGAUGCAGUUUGCGCAGUUCCUGGAUCAUGACCUGACAAUGACACCCAUCCAUAAGGGCUUUGCGGAGUCGAUCCCGAGUUGCCGAUCAUGCGACUCGCCGCGCACCGUCCACCCCGAGUGCAAUCCGUUCCCUGUGCCGCCGGGCGAUCACUUUUAUCCCACCGUGAACGUCUCGUCGGGCGCACGUAUGUGUUUCCCGUCGAUGAGAUCGUUGCCGGGCCAGCAACAUCUGGGCCCGCGCGAGCAGAUAAAUCAAAAUACUGGUUUCCUGGACGCGUCGGUGGUCUACGGCGAGAACUCGUGUAUCUGCAACAUCCUGCGCGGCUUUAACGGCCGCAUGAACAUCACGUCGCACCCGAAUCGCGGCAGGGACCUGUUGCCGCAGUCGCCAACGCAUCCGGAGUGCAAAGCGCGAUCGGGAUUAUGCUUCAUCGGUGGUGAUGGCCGCGCUUCGGAGCAGCCGGCGCUGGCAGUUAUGCACACCAUGUGGAUACGCGAGCACAAUCGCGCGAUGGAAGGUUUGCGGCAGGUGAAUCCCCAUUGGGACGGCGAGAAGCUGUUCCAGGAGACGCGACGCAUCAUUAGCGCGAUGCUGCAACACAUCACGUACAACGAGUUUCUGCCGAGGAUCCUUGGCUGGAACGCCGUCAGCUUGUACGGUCUCAAGUUAUUGCCCCAAGGUUACUACAAGGAAUACUCGCCCACCUGCAAUCCUAGUGUACUCAAUGAGUUCGCCACCGCAGCCUUUCGAAUUGGCCAUUCCUUGCUGCGGCCGCACUUGCCGCGCAUGGAUCGCAGCUAUCAGAACAUCGACCCGCCUAUCCUGCUGCGCGACGGAUUCUUCAAUCCGGACAUGCUCUAUCAGGAGAACAUGAUCGACGAGAUGAUCCGUGGCCUAGUGACCACGCCGAUGGAGACGUUGGAUCAGUUCAUCACCGGCGAGGUGACCAAUCAUCUGUUCGAGCAGCGCGGUAUUCCGCACUCCGGCGUAGAUUUGAUAGCCCUCAACGUUCACCGGGCCCGUGACCACGGAUUGCCGUCGUACAAUCAUUACCGAGCGCUCUGUAACUUGAAGAAGGCCACUACAUUCGAGGAUCUGUCGAGAGAAAUGGCGCCGGAAGUGAUAGCUCGUAUGAAACGCAUAUACACCUCCGUGGACGACAUCGAUCUCUUCCCGGGCGGUAUGAGCGAGCGGCCGCUUCAGGGUGGCUUGGUCGGGCCCACUUUCGCCUGCAUCAUCGCCAUCCAGUUCAGACAGUCGAGGAAGUGCGAUCGUUUCUGGUACGAGACUGACGAUCCAAACAUCCGCUUUACCGAGCAUCAGUUGGCAGAGGUCCGCAAGACCACUCUAGCUAAGGUGAUGUGCGAGAACAUGGACCACCAGACGGACAUGCAGAGAGCGGCGUUCGAUCUGCCCAGCAAUUUCUUGAACCCACGCGUACCGUGCAGCUCCAUGCCUCACAUGGACUUCUCUGCCUGGCGAGAGACCAGACACGGCUGUCAGAUCGGCGGAAGAAACGUCGCGGUCGGCGAGUCUGGCUUCCCUACACCUUGCACUAGUUGCGUUUGCACCAAUGAAGGCACGCAAUGCGCCUCACUGAGAGUCACGGACUGCAAUCAACUUUUGCGAGAGGCAUCUCGAGAGGCGAUUCUGCGGGACGAUGUGUGCACCGCCCAAUGCGGCUUCGCGUUGGCAGCCUCGGAGAGUAAUGCGAGGCUACAACAAUUCACCACGCCUAGCGGCUCGGGUUUCUCCGGUUUUCCGCCACAUACGAACAAUCUGAGAAGUUCAGCGACGCCAACCUCAUUCAACGGCUUCAAGCUGCCCGACCUCUCGCAAUUCAUCGGCUGAAUUGAAAGAGACGGGAAGACUCAAAAUUCAUAACUUUGUUUUACUGAUUAUUGUAUUGUACGCAGAAAACACACUGCCUUUACUUGGAGAGACUGUAUGACAAAC